CUUAUAUUUGCGAGAAGUACAUGCACUUAGAUACUAUAUAUAGUUCGUAAAAUGUAUGUUGCAUCAGAACAAUUUCAACCAUGUUCCGAUUACUACUUCUUUUAACCGUAGUCACCUUGGCAGCGGGUGCAAGACUACAGCUGCGUCCAACUCCGAGACUUGACGGAAAAAUCGUUGGCGGCAAACCCGUUAAGAUCGAAGAAUAUCCAUACCAAGUCUCUUUGCAACGUUACGGCAGUCAUGUUUGUGGCGGUUCCAUCCUCGGACCGAACAAGAUACUCACUGCUGCUCACUGCAUCAGCAGCUCAUCUGCUAGUUCUUUGUCAAUUCGUCACUCGAGUACUUACCGUGGUUCGGAGGGUGUCGUGAUCAAGGUAUCAAGCAUUGCAAAACAUCCAGACUACGAUCCAUUUACAACUAGUCAUGACGUCAGCGUAUUAACUCUUUCUGAACCGAUCAAGGAUUCAGACAUUGGCAAACCGAUCACCCUGGUCGAAGCAUAUGCGACGGAAGGUGAUCGUGAAGCGGUGUGCACCGGAUGGGGCACUCUGUCAUCUGGAGGAUCCUCUCCUUUGCAAUUACAAGCUGUCGAUGUUAAAGAAGUAGACAGGGAAGAGUGCAACAGAAGCUACAACGGCCGCAUCACCGAUACCAUGAUCUGUUUUGCCAGUCCAGGAAAGGACUCUUGCCAAGGAGAUUCCGGUGGUCCACUGGUAGUUGGCGACAAACAAGUUGGAAUCGUCUCCUGGGGCCGUGGAUGCGCCCGUCCGGACUAUCCUGGAGUUUACGCCCACGUUGCUCCUCUCAGAACAUUCAUCGAUAAAAACCUAUGA